AGGUCACCAGCAAUUUGGGUUUUGUCAGGCUGGCACCAGUGGUUUACUGUUGGAUGAUGAAGCAGUACUUGGGGUGCCUGGACCAUACACAUGGCGUGGAACAGUCCACACUUCUAAUAUCUCUGAUGACUUUUUGCUCAAGGAUAAAACACAGUAUUUUGGCCCAGUUACUGAAAAUGACUCUCCUGUGGACAAGUACAGUUACUUAGGGUACUCUGUGACAGCAGGACGCUUCUUUGGUAAUUACAUGUCGUAUGUUGGUGGUGCACCAAGGGCUAAUGGAACUGGCGAAGUUGUGUUUUUUACCCGGGAAAAGAUUGGUGUGAGUCUCUUGCGAGUAGACUUGAUACUAAAUGGGGAAAUGUUUGCUUCAAGCUAUGGAUUUGAAGUUCUCGCUUUGGAUAUUAAUGGAGACAGGUCAGUAGUAAUGCACACAUUUACUCUACAUUUAAUUAAGUUUAAUAAUAUUAAUAACAUUUAA